AAAAGCACUCAUCAAAACAUCGUCUGCGUAUCAAAAUGGCGGACCAAACGGCGAAGGUUGCUGUUAUGGGAAGGUAUCUCGCCAUCACCCACAUUAUUGUCGGCGUUCUACUCUUCUGCUUUGGCAUCGCAGAUUACGUAACUCAGCAUUUUUGGACAGGUUACGUGUGUUUUGGGAUUUGGAUCGGUAUUUGGAUGUGCAUCACUGGUGGUCUGGGUAUCCCUGGUACCCAAAAAGAUCCAAGUUCUUCUCGCAAUGUUUUUGCAUCUAUCUUCAUGGGUUUUUCAAUUACCUCAGCUGUUCUGGGUGGAAUCAUCAUCAUCUGCUAUAGCAUUGCCAUUGCUAUAUAUAGCGACUACUUCUACUACGCACGAUACAGUUAUAACACUGAUAUGGCACUCGCUGUAAUAACUUUGAUUCUUGGUAUUGUGGAAUUUGCCAUUGGAAUCUGGGCCGCCGUAUGCUGCUGUAUGAUGCAAAUUUGUUGCUGUGGAGCCCCACCGCAACAAGGUCAAGUUAUGUACACAGCCAACACUGGAUAUGCUGUCGCCCAGGUGUCUGGAGGUCAUGUGGCCGUUCCAAUGCAAACAGCGGGUGGUAUGGUCGCGGUUCAAACGGUUUCACAAGGAGGCCAACCUCAGAUGGUCAUGAUGCCAGCCUCUGGGGUCGUGGGAGGUCAGCCGCAGUUUGUCCAAGUCCCUGCGUCUGGAGCCACAGUGGGAACUCAGCCUCACUUUGUUCAAGUUGCUUCACCCGGAGCUGCAGCACCCGGUUACCAACCGCAGCAAGUGGAUGUUCCUCCGUCCUAUGGGCAGGGACAGUACAUGCCGCUUCAAGAUGAACAGAUCCCAGUGAAGACUUGAUCUGUGUUACGAGUACCGAGGAAACCUGCUGUUUGUUUUGACUAAACUGAUUUUAGUAUAAAGCUUCACCAGGCGGUGUGCGCAUUCUGAUUGCGUGGCAUCAUGGUCGUAAAAGAAAAAGUAAGUCACAUGCAUCUUGUUGCGGUCGGGUGAACAUCUUUGAUGGCAGCGAGAGUGGCGUGAAUAUAGUUUGAAUAUAAUGGGGAUUCACCGCUUGUUGCCGUUAAGUCGUUAAAAAGUGUUGACGGGCCUGCGCGACUCCUGUUAUUCCACAGCGACGAAUUCGUCCUUACGAGGCAACUGACAAGAUUCAGAAAAAGAAUCGAAAUUGCAGAAAUGGCAGCAGUUGCACUUACAGCCGAGAAACUUAUCUCUGGAGCUAUUUUCGAAGAGAGAGAAAGUACGCUUAAUAACAAAAAUAAAUUACACAGAAGAAAAUAUUGCCUUUUGUAACACAAUCUCAUCCGGCUUUACCAAACUCAAGGAACUCACAAAUGGGGAAAUGACACCUUUAAACUAACCCUAUUAUGACAUUGCAAAGGAAUUAUGCCGAUGAGAGCUGAAAUUUGAAGGAAGCAGAGUUAAAAGCGCCACCAGCGAUUGGUAGGAGUCGUUCAGGCCCGUCAACACCUUUCUUAAACGGUCGACUUUCUUUUGCUUUCCGGCCUACGUACAUAAAAUAAUUCUACACAUUCAAAAUAAAUCAAAAUUCAUUUACCCAUGAUGAAAGGAAAAAGGAACACCCUAAUUUUUACGGAAUGUUCAGUCAAAAUCUAUCGAUUUCUGGCACUUUCACCACCGUAUUGAAAAUAACGCUACUACAGUGCAACGUAAUCAGAGUGCGCGCACCGCCUGAAGCUUCACGAAUCAGCCUUAUGUAUGUCGAAAUAUACUCAAGUACUCAAAAGAUCAGCAGAUGUUGCUUAAAAAUAAACUGCUAAAACAGUGGAAA